AUGAGUAGUCCAAAGCGGAGGAUCGAGACAGAUCCCAGGUUGAUGAGUGACUAUGAGGUCACACUUGUUAACGACAACAGUGAGCAAGAGUUCUACGUACGAUUCAAGGGACCGGAAGAGACACCAUUCGAGGGCGGGCUCUGGAAAAUCCAUGUGGAACUACCCGAUCAGUACCCAUACAAGAGUCCGAGCAUCGGCUUCGUGAACCGAAUUUACCAUCCUAAUAUUGAUGAGCUGUCUGGUUCAGUAUGUCUGGAUGUAAUCAACCAAACAUGGUCACCCAUGUACGACAUGAUCAAUAUAUUCGAAGUCUUCCUCCCACAGCUCCUCCGAUAUCCUAACCCAUCAGAUCCCCUAAACGGGGAUGCUGCCGCCGUGUUGAUGCGAGAUCCAAAGAAAUAUGAGGCUAGGGUGCGAGAAUAUGUCGCCAAGUACGCGAGCAAAGAUGCAGCGGAUGAAGCUGGCGAGGACUCGGAAUCAGAUGACGAACUGAGCUCGGUUGGCAGUUACAUGUCCGGGAAUGAGGAGCCCGCUGGAGAAAUGGACGACGUAUGA